GUGUUGCGGCAGUGGACAUCGAUUGGCGGCGCGCGCCGGGGGUCUGCCGCUGCGCCGUGUGUCGUCUGGUCGGCGGGGAGGGGCGCGCGGGGGAGGGGGGUGGGCCGUGGCCGGCGACCGUCGGUGGCCGCCGCGGACUGUGCCGCCGGCGGCGGGAGGGGAUGUGUCGGCCGCUCCGGCCAGAAUCGAUGCGGUGAUGUGCGGUGCUGCGGUGACGGCCGACGGUCCAGCGGAGAGUGCACGUGACCGCGCCGGGCGCGAUGAGUGAGACCGAGCCGGCCGAGGCGGGCCGCCUGAACGGCGUGGGCCGGCACCUCUCGAUGGGCGGUGAGCCGCCGCCAGAGCCGCGGCCGGCCCAGAAGCCGCUCAGAAAGACCAAGUCGGUGUCGUUUCACAGUGCUACGUGUCUCAGGAGCGAGCGGAAAGUCUCCAGUGUUCAAGAAUGUCUACAGCGGAUGAUUGUCGGCAGCACGCUGAUCAAGAUCCGACCAAACCUGCGCCAGUAUCACCGGUUCUUCAGCGUCACAGAGGACCUGACGGCGGUCCGGUGGGUGCCCUCGAAGAAGUCCAACAAAGCUCAAGUGCCCAUCGACUCCAUCAAGGAGAUUCGGACCGGAAAGAACACCCCCAUCUUUCGCAACAAGGAGUUCAGCGGCGCCUAUUGCGAGGAAUGUGCCUUCUCAAUCAUAUACGGCGAGGAGUUCGAGUCCCUAGACCUUGUGGCUCCGUGUCCGGAUGAGGCCAACAUAUGGAUCACAGGACUGAACGCCCUCAUAGCUCCCGACGGUAUGGACGAGAAGGCAGCCGUGCGGGAGCGCUGGCUGGCAGAGAUGUUCGCCCGAGCUGCCGGAGACGACCUGGCCCUGCUGGACGAACGUGCUGCCAUCGAGCUGAUGCGACGACUCAACUCCCAGAUCACCACCGGGCGCAUCAAACAAAAACUGGCGGAGUAUGAUAACCAGAGGGCGGACGGCGAUGUCAGGGGCAUGCUCACAAGUCGGGAGUUUAUCGACAUGUUCAAGGAGAUCGCCACCCGUCCCGACAUCUAUUUCUUGUUACUCAGGCAUUCCAAUAAAGAGUACAUGACUGUAGAAGAUCUUCACCUUUUCCUUGAAGGGGAACAAGGGAUGACGGGUUUAACGUGGGAGAAGUGUAUGGACAUCAUCAAACACUACGAGCCGAACCCGGAGUCUCAGAGGAGUGGCCAGCUCAUGAUAGACGGCUUCACCCGUUACCUGCUGUCGGCCGAGUGUGACGUCUUCAGCUGGCGGCACCGCAAGGUGUGCCAGGAGAUGACCCACCCGCUGUCUCACUACUUCAUCUCGUGCUCCCACAACACCUACCUCAUGCAGGAUCAGCUGCGCGGGCCCUCCAGCGUCGAGGGGUACAUCCGCGCACUCAACAAUGGCUGCAGAUGCGUCAAAGUGGACUGCUGGGAUGGUCGAGACGAGGAGCCGAUGGUCUACCACGGCAACACUCUGACCUCCCGGACACCUCUGCUGGAUGUCGUAAAAACCAUCAGCGACUACGCCUUCGAGGUGUCCGACUACCCGUUGAUACUGCACUUGGAGAACCACUGCAGUCGACCGGUACAAAAGCGCAUCGUCCAACUGCUGCGGGACACUCUGGGGAAGCGGCUGUACGUGCACCCCACCAACUGCCGCAAACAGGUCACAGAGCUGUCCCCGCAGGAGCUCAAACACCGCAUCCUCAUCAAGGGCAAGAAGCUGCCGGCCGGCACCGAGGGUGACGGGGAUGUCAGUGACGAGGACGAGGGCGGCUCGUACCGGGCCGACUCCCGGAAGGUGCCGCUCUGUCGCGAGCUCUCUGACCUCAUCAGCCUACACCGAACACGGCUCACAGAAACAGCCGGCCUCAAGGAGCGAGGGUCGUGGAACGAGAUGUGCUCAUUGAGCGAGUACACUGCCAACAAGCUGAUCCAGACCUGUCCGGAGGACUUCAUCCAGCAGAACAAAUCGACGCUCACCCGCGUCUACCCCAACACUUCCCGCGUCGACUCCAGCAACUACAACCCGCAGGACUUCUGGAACGUCGGCUGUCAGCUGGUGGCACUCAAUUUCCAGACCCCAGGUACCAUGAUGGACGUGUACGAUGGACGGUUUCGACAGAACGGCUGCUGCGGCUACGUGCUGAAACCGGCCGUGAUGCGGGAACCUAUCGGCUUUUUCUCACCCUUCACCAAGGACCCCGUGCCGGGAGUCACACCGCAGAUGCUCAAGAUCAAGGUAAUAAGCGCCCAGCAGCUGCCGAAGCCACGGGGAUCCACGGCCAAGGCGACUGUGAUCGACCCGUACGUGGUUCUGCAGGUGUUCGGAAUCCCCGCUGACUGCGCCGAGGUACGAGGCCGAACGGUGUCCAACGAGGGCAACUCGCCGAUUUUCGACGAGCCGUUCGAGUUUCUCAUCAACCUACCGGAAAUGGCGCUGCUGCGCUUCGUCGUUCUCGACGACGAGUUCAUUGGCGACGACUUUAUCGGCCAGUACUCGAUACCUUUCGACUGCCUGCAAACGGGUUAUCGGCACGUGAACCUGCUGUCCAACACGGGUGAGCCGCUGGACAACGCCACCCUGUUCGUCCACGUGGCCAUCAGCAGCUGCGUCGCCGGCACGAGGCGAAAAUCCAGAUCUGAGAAGAUAAAUAUGGAAAUCAAAUCUAUCGGGCUGAAAGACGUUGACGAGUUCUUCAAAGUGAACCUGGUUCCUCUGGUGGCGCAGGCGAUGAAGUGGCGCGCGGACGUCACGGACUCGAUGGCUCGACUUCAGUCCGAGUGCGGCCUGGGCGACACGGCCAACAUCAAGCAGUGCGUGCGCGUCAUCAUUCAGCGGCUGGCCAGUGCGCACGACGUCACCGGACUCGUGCUCAGGGAAGAGGAUGGGUUGCCGAUGCUGGUGGUGAGCGGCGGCCCGCUGUCACCUCACCUCAGCCGCUCUCUGAGCACGCUCGAGUCAGCGCUGCUCGAGUUCGGUCACAUGACCACCGGCUGUGACGACCUGGUCCGCCAGCUGCACGCCCAGUUCGCCGUGGUCACUGAGAUGUACGAGGGUCUCGGAGACCGCUGUCUGGCCGCCGGACUCAAGGGAAAGAAGAAGGACAGGGCGCAUGAGAAUUUCGCCUGGAACGCGCGGGUUAUACAGGGUCAGAUGGAUCUGCUGGAGGCGUGUAGAAGAGACUGCCGGCAGCGGCUACAGCAGAUGCAGUCCUCCCAGGACAUGAUAACCAAGUACCUCUCCAAGGACCGGUCUCCGGCCACCCGGGAGCGGCCGCGACUGACGGUGCCGCUGCCGCCGACCGAGCGGGAACCUCCGGUGUGCCACACACCUCCUACCCCGGCCACCUCGAGCGGCGACCUGCGGCCCAAGAGCAUCCUCAAGAAGACCAACUCGAGCGUGGAGCCGAGUCUGGUGGUCGACAUGCAGCCGCUGGGGCUGACUGAGGCGCCCGUCAGUCCGCUCUCGCUGAGCCGCGCCUCGGUGACGCCGCCCGACCCGGACACGGCCUUGUGAUGGACGUCGGCGCAGCUGGCCCUCGUGUGGCUACUGGCGGGCUCGCGGCCGGGCCGGCGGACCGCUGCGGCCGGUCCGCCGGCGGCAGAGCGCUGCCAGGGGUGCUGUGAGGCGCAGCAAGUCGCCGCGCCGCCUAGUCUCUGUGUGCGAACUCAGGACCCGGCUCUCGCCCGUGAAGGAGCGGAGAGACAGCGAGAAGAGAGAGAUGAAUCAUGAGCAAUACCGCGGGUGUCGCGCUCGCUCGCUCGCGCGGCGCCGGGCCGCCCGGUGUCGUCAGUAGGUACGUUAUUUGUUAUCCGCUCGCUGCACUUGUGAUUGUUAUUAUGAAUGUGUCGUCGGCGCCCGGGCGCUGCCGAAGACCGGGUGUCGCCUCUGACCAGAAUAGUGUCAUGUAGCGCGAGCGAGAAGUUAGUCAGACGACGUUGUGCCAGUUACCCCGAAUAAAAUGUCAUGGUAUAGAAGAUGAA